GGCCCGCCGCCCGCCGCGCCAUGUCCAAGAUGCCGGCCAAGAAGAAGAGCUGCUUCCAGAUCACCAGUGUCACCACGGCCCAGGUGGCCACGAGCAUCACGGAGGACACCGAGAGCCUGGACGACCCGGACGAGUCCCGCACCGAGGACGUGUCCUCCGAGAUCUUCGACGUGUCCCGGGCCACGGACUACGGCCCCGAGGAGGUGUGCGAGCGGAGCUCCUCCGAAGAGACCCUCAACAAUGUCGGGGAUGCGGAGACGCCCGGGACGGUCUCCCCGAACCUCCUCCUGGACGGGCAGCUGGCGGCCGCCGCGGCUGCUCCCGCCAACGGAGGCGGAGCCGUGUCGGCCCGGAGCGUGGCCGGGGCGCUGACCGGCACUCUGGCGGCGGCCGCCCCCCCGGCCCCCUCCCCGGGGGCCCCCGGCGCCCCCCCGGCCGCGGGCUCGGCGGCGGUGCCAGGCACGGCCGCUCCGUCGCAGCCUCCCACGGCCUGCAGUUCCCGUUUCCGCGUGAUCAAGCUGGACCACGGCAGCGGCGAGCCCUACCGACGCGGCCGAUGGACGUGCAUGGAGUACUACGAGCGCGACUCCGACAGCAGCGUCCUCACCAGGUCCGGGGACUGCAUUCGGCACAGCAGUACUUUCGAGCCGGCUGCGGAGCGGGACAGCGGCCUGGGCGCCACCGGAGGGUCGGUGGUCGUGGUGGUGGCCUCCGUGCAGGGGGCGCACGGGCCCGACUCGGGAACUGACAGCUCGCUGGCUGCCGUGUCACAGCUGCCCCCGUCGGAGAAGGCGAGCCUGCCCGCCCCGGCCCCGCCGCACAGCUUUGGCGUUGGGCAGCUCCCGCCGCCGCCGCCCGUAGGUGGGGCUGUAGCUCCAAGCUCGGCUCCGAUGCCGUCGUUCCCGGGAGCCGCGGCCGGGCUGCAGCCCAGCCAGCCCCAGGGAACCGGGCCUGGCGGCGUCCCUCCGGGGCCCAAUGGGCAGGCUCUUCCGCCAACGAAUGUCACCCUGGCGCAGCCUGGGAUGUCUCUGCCUCCGCAGCUGGGCCCGGCAGCCGGCGCUUCUGCAACGCCGCAGCCCCAGCAGUUCGCGUAUCCCCAGCCUCAGAUUCCGCCGGGGCAUUUGCUGCCCGUCCAGCCCUCCGGCCCGAGUGAGUACCUGCAGCAGCACGUGGUCGGCCUGCAGCCGCCGAGCCCCGCGCAGCCCUCGGCCACCGGCGCCGGCCCCGCCGCGGCCGCCAGCCUUCCGGUUGGCACCGGCCAGAGUGCCUCCUCCGGGGCCGCGCAGAUCAUGGGCGCCUCUUCCCUGCCCAGUGAAGCCGUGGCCCCGGGGCCGGGACCCGCGCCAGGCGGACAGGCCGCGCCUUGCCAGCCAGCUGGAGUUCCCCCGGCUGCUGUGGGAGGCGCGGUACAGCCGGGCCUGGUGCCUACCGGCGCCGGGCAUCCCCAGUCCGCGCCUCCGCCGCAGAUGGGAGGCACCGGUGCGCCGUCAGCCGGGCCUGCUGGCCCUCCCGCCAUGGUGCCCGGAGUUCCAAACGUGCCUGCUGCCGUGUCCGCUCCAAGCGUGCCCAGUGUGUCCACCACAUCUGUUACGAUGCCAAAUGUACCCGCGGCCCUGGUCCAGUCGCAGCAGCUGAGCAGCCAUACGCCAGUCAGCAGGAGCGGCAGCAUAAUCCAGCAAGUCGGGCUGCCCUUAGCCCAAGGCACACCCAGUGCACCGACAAGUCUACCACAGUCUGACCUAAGCCAGUUUCAGACCCAGACCCAGCCUUUAGUCGGGCAAGCUGACGAUACUAGAAGAAAAUCAGAACCCCUACCUCAGCCACCACUUUCUCUCAUUGCUGAAAACAAGCCUGUUGUGAAGCCUCCUGUUGCAGAUGCCCUGGCAAACCCCCUUCAGUUAACACCUAUGAACAGUCUGGCCACCUCUGUAUUCAGCAUAGCUAUUCCUGUUGAUGGUGAUGAAGACAGGAAUCCUUCAACUGCUUUCUACCAAGCGUUCCAUGUGAACACGUUUCAGGAAUCAAAGAGCCUCUGGGAUAGUGCAUCUGGGGGAGGUGGUGUAGCCAUUGACAACAAAAUAGAACAAGCAAUGGAUCUGGUGAAAAGCCAUUUGAUGUAUGCAGUAAGAGAAGAAGUGGAAGUUCUAAAGGAACAAAUAAAAGAAUUAGUUGAAAGAAACUCUUUACUUGAACGAGAAAAUGCACUGCUAAAAUCUCUUUCAAACAACGAUCAGUUAUCCCAGCUCCCAGCCCAGCCAGCCAAUCCCGGCAGCGCCUCCCAGCCGCAGGCAGCCAUAGCGCAGCCCCCGCAGCAGCCCAACGUCUCCUCCGCCUAGCUCCCUGCCUCCCUAAGGAGCCCCGAAGCCGCGUGUCCACUGCUGUUCUCCCCGCGCCCGCGCCCGCGGAAGCACGUAGCCAUGCUUCGGCUGUGCGUCUGCCUUCUCAGUAUUAGACAAUCAUUCUGCGAGAGCUUUCCUGAGACGUCGGCAGGCUGCCGCUGUCCGGGCUGCCGUCCGGGCUGGUCCUCAGCGCAGGAGUGAUCGGUGGGGUUUGUAGGAGCCUCUGCAUUGCCUGUGCGCAGGAGCGGGGUCCCGGAAGAGCUUUGGUGGCUCUUCCAUGUGUCUGUCACCCACGGGUUACCCUGAGCCUUCUUACCAUAGUAUAAGUAACAGUUCAUCUAAAGAGCCACUUUUCUUUCAAUAUCAGUAACAUUUGCCUACAUAAGUUUUCAUUUAUUUGUGUUUUAUUUAUUACAGGGCUGCUAUUUUCAUAAUGUACAUGAACAAUGUCACAGAACUUUUUUAAUUUUUGAAUAAUUAUAAGUAUCGGUAAAGGAAUUGAAAGACAGGAUUGCAUUUAAUAGAUAAAACAUUUAGGCAAUAAUUGAACAAAAGAAUCCUGGCAUAUUUCUAACACUAACGGCAAUUUAUCUUCGGUAUUUAUUUUUAGUAGUAAAGACGCAGCUUGAAUGUAAAUUUGUAUAGUGUAAGUAUGAAGAACAUAGUGCAGCUGUACAGGUAGUCACCAGUUAUUGUGAUAUAAUAAAUAAUUGGGCUAUUUUGAUGAAGAAAAUUUUGUUCAUUUGUUUCUACUUUCUAAUAGAGAAAUUGCCACGAUUCCUCUGCUUUUUGACAUUUCGUAUGACUUUUGGGGGGAGGGUGGGAAUAAAAAGCUGUGAAAUUGUUCAACCUACUUUGUAACCAAAGAAGCAAAGCUGUGUAAUGGAGUUUUUUGUUUUUCGUUUUUUUUUUUUAUAAUGCACAUUCUUUAUGUAUUUUUAUUUAGUGUUUUCUUGGUCACAAUUUUCUUUGCUGUCUAGCAUGAUCUGCAUGCCCUAUACUCUUUGAACCACUUUCGUACCUCAUGUUUUCUCCAGCACUCUCAUUGUAAGAUGUACCAGUCUGUGAACAAUGUCAGAUAAAACAGAACAGGUGGUGUGGUGGGGCUGAGCUAGUGCCCUGUGCACUAGUUGUAAAAUACAAAAAAAUGAAGUGAGCCAUCUUCUGUUCAUUUAAAAUGGUGUUUUGAAUUUCGUAUGCAGAAGACGUUUUGUUACAUUGCAGAUUUUAAUGUAUUUAAUAAAUGCAACAUGCAGAUAAAGUGCAGUGUAUACUGAGUAUUUAAAUUAAAAUGUACAU